AUGGAGCCCAGGGGAAUUGUCAAAGCCUUUCCAAAGAGGAAGAAGAUGAGGGAUGACUCAGAGAGGAAGGUCCCUCCACAGGUGCUGAAAGAGGAGGAAACCGGGAGCAUUGAAGAAUGGCUGAAGCCGGUCACAGCCUACGUGCUGCCAGCAGGCAUCGGGCGGGCCCGGGCAGAGAUCUUUCACACGCAGAUUGUCCAGAAGGGGGGCCGCGUCUGCAGCCAGCUCUCCUCGGAGGUGACGCACGUCAUAGUGUCAGAAGACAUGGACUGCGACCGGGCCUUUCGCCUCCUCAGACUGGCCAGGCUUCCCCCCGGGAUCCAGCUGGUGAAGGCAGCCUGGCUGAGCUUGUGCAUUAGAGAGCAGAAGCUGCUGGAUACCACUGGGUACAGCAUCUUCAUCCCAGACAGGUACCUGGAGGAGGGAGAUCUGCCGAAGGGGGAACAGCAGCUCCUGGGCAGUGAGACUGUCCAACCCCAGCCAAAGAAGGAAGCACUGGAGCUGAAGGCUGAAGCACAGACAGCAGCCAUAUUGCCUCAGGGCCCAGCCACCUCAGUACAGCAACAUGUGGAGGAGCAAAGCCUUCAAACCCAGAGGGUCUCUGAUGAUGAAGGAAGCGAAGGGGAAGAGACCAGCGUCACCCGGGGAGACCUGGAAGCACUAAUUUCAGGACGUUGCCCUGACACCUCUUCGGGGCUGUCCAGUGGCAGCUGUACCACAGUGCCCCCUGCUGCUGGCAAGUGGGUUUGUGCUCAGUCCUCUGACAGCAAGAAAGAGAAUCACAACCGGCACAUCACAGAGAAGCUGGAAGUGCUGGGAAAAGCCUACACCGUCCAGGGGGACAAGUGGAGGGCUCUGGGCUACUCCAAAGCCAUCAAUGCACUCAAGAGCUACCACAAACCAGUCACCUCUUACCAGGAAGCCUGUAAGAUUCCUGGGAUCGGGAAGCGGAUGGCGGAGAAGAUCCUGGAGAUCUUGGAGAGCGGCCACCUGCGUAAGCUGGACCACAUCAGCGAGAGCGUGGCAGUGCUGGAGGUCUUCUCCAACAUCUGGGGAGCAGGAGUCAAGAAAGCCCAGAUGUGGUACCAACAGGGCUUCCGGACCCUGGACGAUAUCCGCACCCAGGCUCGUCUGACCAGCCAGCAGGCUGUAGGGUUGAAGCACUACGAAGACUUCCUGGAGCGAAUGCCGCGAGAGGAGGCUGCCGAAAUAGAACAGACUGUGCGAGAAGCAGCCCAGUCCCUGAACCCUGGGCUGGUGUGCAUGGCGUGCGGCUCGUACCGACGGGGGAAGGCCACCUGCGGCGAUGUGGACGUCCUGGUUACCCACCCUGACGGGCAGUCUCACUGCGGCGUCUUCGGCAAGCUGCUUGACAGCCUGCGGCGGAGCGGUUUCCUCACCGACGACCUGGUGAGCCAAGAAGACAGCGGCAACCAGAAGAAGUACCUGGGCGUGUGCCGGCUGCCCGGGCUGGGCCGGCGCCACCGGCGCCUCGACAUCAUCGUGGUGCCCCACAGCGAGUUCGCCUGCGCCCUCCUGUACUUCACCGGCUCAGCCCACUUCAACCGCUCCAUGCGAGCGCUGGCCAAGACCAAGGGCAUGAGCCUGUCAGAGCACGCACUCCACACUGCCGUGGUGCGUGCCCCCGGCGGCCGCAAGGUGGGGCCCGGCCUCGUCCUGCCCACCCCCACUGAGAGGGACGUCUUCAUGCUGCUGGGGCUGCCCUACCGGGAGCCCACCGAGCGGGACUGGUGA